GCCCCGGCAGACUUUCUGCCACCCGGUCGCCUUUGCCAUUGUAGUGCCAUGGUGUCUUUAGACAGCAGGGAGCUUUGAAUGCUUUUGAAAAGCAAAUCCCCAGCUCACUUUGCAUUUUAAUGUUUUGGAUUUUUUUUUAAAGCAUCUGGUCGUCAGAGCUCAGAAUUCUUAGAACCGUUUUUCCUAAACGAAUCCUAAUCUUCCCUGGGACCGCAUCGGUUCACGAUUCAGAGGUCAUGUUUUCAAUAAGGAAGAAACCCUCCUCUGGUCGUGGAGAAGUCUCCGAUUUUUUUAAAUAACUGAGCACUUCUUCUUUUUUGCCUCAGCACUUGAAGCGAUUGAGUGAGGCAGCGCAAUAUAUUUAGAAAACGCAUUACAACUUUACCGUUUGUGAAACACCAACAUAAUUUGAGUUUUUCUUGACGCUAGACUGUCAACAUUAGGAAGGUUCUCGUGAAACAACCGGGGAUCAUGGAGCUGUUAAGUCCUCUGGCCAGAUUUUACGUCAUUUUUCUGCCUCCAGUUUUGUGGGUGUCUCUUGUCAAGUGCCAGUUCCUUACCCUCUUCUGGUUAUAAUUUAAUAGCUACAGAAUAUCCAUUGUGCUAGGACCUCUGCUGAGAAGUGCAUAAACCUUUCUCGCGGUCUAUUUUAGCAAAGUGCUUGUUGACUGACAUCUUGAAUUUUGGGCAAGGUGUCCCCUCCAAGAAUGAAACAUGACUGAAGACUCUCAGAGAAACUUUCGUUCAGUAUAUUAUGAGAAAAUGGGGUUUCGUGGAGUGGAGGAAAAGAAGUCACUGGAAAUCCUACUGAAAGAUGACCCUUUGGAUAUUGAGAAACUUUGUACUUUUAGCCAGCGGUUCCCUCUCCCAUCCAUGUACCGUGCGUUGGUAUGGAAGGUGCUCCUAGGGAUCCUGCCUCCCCACCACGAGUCCCACGCCCAGGUGAUGAUGUACCGCAAGGAUCAGUACUGUGAUGUCCUUCACGCCCUGAAAGUGAUCCGCUUCAUCAGUGAUGCCACCCCUCAGGUCGAAGUCUAUCUUCGCAUGUAUCAGCUGGAGUCUGGGAAGUUGCCUCGAAGUCCCUCCUUUCCACUGGAGCCAGAAGAUGAAGUGUUUCUUGCCAUUGCUAAAGCCAUGGAAGAAAUGGUGAAAGAUAGUGUUGACUGCUACUGGAUCAUCCGAUGCUUUGUGAACCAGUUAAAUAACAAGUACCGGGAUUCUUUGCCGCAGCUGCCAAAGGCUUUGGAACAAUACUUGAAUCUGGAAGACAGCAGACUGCUGAAUCAUCUGAAGUCCUGUUCUGCAGUGUCUAAGCUGCCCUAUGAUCUCUGGUUUAAGAGGUGCUUUGCGGGAUGCCUGCCUGAAUCCAGCUUGCAGAGGGUUUGGGAUAAAGUUGUAAGUGGAUCCUGUAAGAUCCUCGUUUUUGUAGCUGUGGAAAUUUUAUUAACCUUUAAACUAAAAGUAAUGGCAUUGAACAGUGCAGAGAAGAUAACAAAGUUCCUGGAAAAUAUUCCCCGGGACAGCUCGGAUGCCGUCGUGAGCAAGGCCAUCGACCUGUGGCACAAACACUGUGGGACCCCAGUGCAUUCGGCCUGACCCCUCCCGGUGGCUGUGGCCAGGCCCCCAGGCCGGCUUGAGCCCUCUGUACCUGUUACCUGCCCCACCGAUUGCAGUGGUCUUUGCUCUGGUGCUCAAAGUGCAAUGUUUUUUCAGUAAAAUAAUUUAAUUGAAAUACCUAGUGUUACUGUGUUGCGGAGCAUCUUUCAGUUACAAGAACAAAUGCAGAACUCCCUUGGGAAUGGCAGGGCUAAGAGUUGUGGGAAAAUGCUUCCAGUUUGCGGAGCAGCAGACCUGGCGGGUGGGUGCAUGAACCAGCAGUGCGGCACCAACCCCGCCUCUCUCAUUAGCACCAAGCUGGUUCCUUUUGAAGGUCUAUUUCUGGAAUAAAGAACGACUUCCUCUUGUUGAC